GGUGCUGCUCCCUCUCCAUUUGCUGCUGUGGCGCAGAUUAUGGCCCCCACCAAGCUCCAUGUGGUUAAAUAGCAAAGCCCGCAGCCUCUGCUGGUAGAGACAGAAGACAUUAAAUUGGUUGAUUCCAGCUGAGUGAGGAAGACAAAAAAACUUCAAAAUAAAAGUGGAGCCCUUUAACAUGUACUCUAACAAAGUUGAGGGACCACGCAGAGGAAGAUCCUUUGACUCCAUGAACAUAGGCAUUGAGGAGAAACUGCUGAACAAUGAGAUAAACAAAUCAACCUUCACAAAGAUCGAAGAAAACACAGAGAAGAAGAACACAUCAGAGAAAGGGAGAGCAACUGUUAUCUUUUCCCUCAAGAAUGAAGUGGGAGGACUGGUGAAGGCGCUCAAACUCUUCCAAGAAAACCAUGUCAACCUUGUCCACAUUGAGUCCAGGAAAUCCAAAAGACGCAACUCGGAGUUUGAAAUUUUUGUGGACUGCGACAGCGACCACGAGCAACUGAAGGAGAUCAUCCAGCUGCUUCGGAAGCAUGUGAACGUGGUGGAAAUGGAUCCUCCAGAUAACUCAUGCCUACUCGAGGAAGAAAUUUAUGAUUUACCUUGGUUUCCAAAGAAAAUUUCCGACUUGGACAAAUGUGCUAACCGUGUCCUGAUGUACGGCUCUGAGCUGGAUGCUGACCAUCCGGGUUUCAAGGACAACGUUUACCGGAAAAGGCGAAAGUAUUUUGCAGAUCUUGCCAUGUCACACAAGCAUGGGGAUCCCAUCCCUCGCAUCGAGUUCACAGAGGAGGAAGUGAAGACUUGGGGGGUUGUGUACAGGGAGCUCAACAAGUUGUACCCCACUCAUGCCUGCCAGGAAUACUUGAAGAACCUGCCGCUGCUGUCUAAAUACUGUGAAUGUAGGGAGGAUAACAUCCCGCAGCUUGAAGAUGUCUCACGCUUCCUCAAAGAACGAACUGGGUUCACCAUCAGACCUGUGGCAGGUUACUUGUCUCCUCGGGACUUCCUCGCUGGUUUGGCCUUCCGUGUUUUCCACUGUACCCAGUAUGUCCGGCACAGCUCCGACCCUUUAUACACCCCAGAGCCGGACACAUGCCAUGAACUGCUGGGCCACGUCCCGCUGCUGGCAGAACCCAGCUUCGCUCAGUUCUCUCAGGAGAUCGGUCUCGCUUCCCUCGGAGCCUCAGACGACUCUGUCCAGAAACUGGCCACAUGCUAUUUCUUCACGGUGGAGUUUGGGUUAUGCAAACAGGAAGGGCAGCUGAGGGCAUACGGAGCCGGCCUGCUGUCGUCUAUCAGCGAGCUGAAGCAUGCUCUGUCUGGUAAUGCAAGGAUAAUGCCUUUUGACCCAAAAGUCACAAGCAAGCAGGAAUGCAUCAUCACAACAUUUCAGGACGUCUACUUUGUGUCUGACAGCUUUGAGGAAGCCAAAGUCAAAAUGAGGGAGUUUGCCAAGACCAUCAAGCGUCCCUUCACAGUUCGAUACAACCCCUACACCCAGAGCGUGGAUGUGCUAAAAGACACCCCCAGCAUAAACAGCGUGGUGGAGGAGCUUCGGCACGAGCUCGACAUCGUGGGCGACGCUCUCAGCCGACUCAACAAGCAGCUGGGCGUCUGAUCGUCCCGCAGUCCAGCUAAAGUUCACCAUGUCACCCCCAGCUUCGCAGUAGAGACUGUGCAUUGUCUGUUUGUGUCGGUACGAUGAAUGUACACCACUUUGUGGCUAAAUGUUCUGCUGUAUGGCGUACAGUAUUUACAGGUGACGUGUUUCAGUUUUUAAUGUCUGGGCGUUCCAAAA